UCUCCAUUUUGUAUGUUUUUCCUAGAGGUUAGCGCCUACUUUCCUUUUGGCUGUGAACAGCACAGCUAAUUCCGUGCAUUUCGGAAGCAAUUGGAUACCGAACACAUUGGAGUGGAUUGGAUGAUCCGAUCGAUUACUUGCUUAUUCGUGUUCUGAUACGAUUUGCAAGGAGAACGCAAUCAGAUGUUUUCGUGUUUCUAGCCGGUUUGCAAGCAAAACAACACCAAACAAAAACAACCAUGCAUGGAGUCACAACUACAAAACGCCUGAGGGGAUCAUAAGAUGGAUCAAGGAGGAGUGAAGAAGAGCAGGAGUAGCAACGACAACAGCAGAGUUAAGCUCCGUCUGAGCGAAACCCCCUCAGAGAGAAACCCUCUCACUGACGCUCCCUGCAGUGCCAUGUCCGUUGCCUUGGCAACCACCACCACCCCGUUCCUUCCAUCCAGCCAGCUGAUGCAACCAGGUGACGUGCCCAGCGGACUCAGUAACAGCCCCCCUCCCUCAGGUGAGGACCUCGCCUCAGCCUCCGUCACGGCCUCCGUGGGCCUCUACCUGGAAGACCCAGAGCCUCCCACCACAAAGCUCCUGCCCCAACACACUAACACGUCCCUGGGCCUUGGACUCUUCACCCUUGGGGAUACCUACUCCCGCCUGGAAGACAGCAUCGCUGACUUCCACCGCUCCUCACCCAGCAUGGACUCUCUGAUCGGGGGCUCGGACCCUAACCUGUUCCCCAUGUCCAUGAGGUCGGAGACAGACUUCUCCCGGGACCAGGACCCUAUGGAUAUGGACCAGGAAGGGUACAUUGGAAAAGACCAGAAACUGUUCAACGACAACACUCUGGAUCUCCUCCAGGACUUUGAGCUGACAGGCUCCCCAUCAGACUUUUACGUAGGGGACGACGCCUUCCUUUCCUCCCUGGCUGAUGACUCUCUCCUGGGGGAUGAGAGCCAGGAUCGUGGGGUCUCCAACUCCACCUCCAAGCCAGCUGCUACUAUGACCAAUAGUGGUGGUUUUAGCGGUUCCAACACCACCACAUUGUAUGGUAGCAAUCUACUAACAUGUCAGGAUGAAUCCAACUCCAGCACCCCUAUGACAGGCAACUCCCCGACCCCAAACACCUUCCCCGUGGUGAAGCUCGAGAAGGAAGCUGGUUUCAUCCAGCUGUGUACUCCAGGUGUGAUCAAACAGGAGAAGACCUCGGCCAUUCGUAGCUACUCCUGCCGGAUGAGUGGUAGUACCGGCGGCUCCACUUCCUCCUCCCCCUCAGAGCUGUCCAGCGCCAGCCCCAUCUCCAUCUGUGGGGUGAGCACCUCUGGAGGACAGAGCUACCACUUUGGAGUCAACAGCAGCAUCAACACCCCCUUGGCUUCCACUACCAGUGGAGCUUCUCCGCAGAAGGACCAGAAGCCCUCUGUGUUCAGCCUGUAUCCUCCGCUGGUGACCGUAGGAGAGGCCUGGAACAACAGUAGCUAUGGGGACGGAGCUUCUGGAAUGCAAGGUCUCUCCAGCCCUACCUCCUCUUUCUCCAGCAGCUUUGCCAGUUCUACCUCCAGGCAGGGUGGUGGCGCUGCGUCGUGUACAACCCAGGGCAAGGCCGGGACCGCCCAUAAGAUCUGUCUGGUGUGUUCAGAUGAGGCGUCCGGCUGUCACUACGGGGUGCUCACCUGCGGAAGCUGCAAGGUGUUCUUCAAGAGAGCCGUGGAAGGGCAGCACAACUACCUGUGUGCUGGGAGGAAGGACUGCAUCAUCGAUAAGAUCAGAAGGAAGAACUGUCCAGCCUGCCGCUUCCGCAAGUGUCUCAUGGCAGGGAUGAACCUGGAAGCUCGUAAAACUAAGAAGCUGAACCGUUUAAAGGGUGUGCAGCAGCCCACCAUGGCCGAGCUGACCCCCCGUCCGCUCCCAGAGGCCAGGUCGCUGGUCCCCAAGUCCAUGCCCCAGCUCACCCCCACCAUGCUGUCUCUACUAAAGGCCAUCGAGCCAGACACCAUCUACUCUGGCUACGACGGCACCCUGCCAGACACCUCCACACGCAUCAUGACCACCCUCAACAGGCUGGGGGGACGACAGGUGGUAUCAGCCGUCAAGUGGGCCAAGUCUCUGCCAGGGUUCCGGAACCUUCACCUGGACGACCAGAUGACUCUGCUGCAGUGUUCCUGGUUGUUCCUCAUGUCCUUCGGCCUGGGCUGGAGGUCCUACCAACAGUGUGACGGGAACAUGCUCUGCUUCGCUCCAGACCUCGUCAUCAAUCAGGACCGUAUGAAGCUGCCCUACAUGGCAGACCAGUGUGAACAGAUGUUGAAGAUCUCCAGUGAGUUUGUCAGACUGCAGGUGUCUCAUGACGAGUAUCUGUGUAUGAAGGUUCUGCUGCUGCUCAGCACCGUGCCAAAGGAUGGUCUGAAAAGUCAGGCAGUGUUUGAUGAGAUCAGGAUGUCCUACAUCAAGGAGUUGGGGAAGGCCAUCGUCAAGAGGGAGGAAAACUCCAGCCAGAACUGGCAACGCUUCUACCAGCUCACUAAGCUUCUUGACUCCAUGCACGAGAUGGUUGGUGGCCUGCUGAACUUCUGCUUCUACACGUUCGUCAACAAGUCUCUGUCGGUGGAGUUCCCAGAGAUGUUAGCAGAGAUCAUCAGCAACCAGUUACCAAAAUUCAAAGCCGGGAGCGUCAAGCCCCUCCUCUUCCACCAGAAAUGACUGUGUGGUGCUUCCGCCACCAAGACACAAUGCCUUAAAAUCCCCUCACCUUCCCCUGACAGAGGGAGACCGGACAGAAGAGGAGAUGCUGUUUUGGGAGAAAGUAUACAAAGUACAAGGGUUUGGGGAUUUGGGGAUGAAACAUGGAGGAGGAAGGAGAGAUUUGUCAAGAGGCAGAAGACGAGAGGGAAAGAGCACAGAGGUUUUUUGUUUUGUUUAACAUCUAUGAUCCAGUAUGCAGUAUAACAGUAGAAAUAAAUGUCUUAAGUUUAAAGAUAAUCAAGGAUUGAAAUAAACUAACCAUUCAUGUUUUCUCAGGUGUAUCACCCUCAGAAUUUAACAAUAUCUAGAUUAAACAAGUAUCUAUGUACAGAUUAUUAAGAUGCUAUUUUUUACAUGUCUAAGUUUCUGCUGCCACAGUUUAUACAGUUUAUUAUACAGGUAAUUUCUUACCUCAGCAAAGGUAACACUAUAACUCUUGUUCUCCCACAGGUUUAGCUACUGUGUUUUCCUCUACCUACUGUCCUGUUUAGGGCCUUGUAACAGAGUUGAUUAUCAAGUCACAUGACAUAAAACAUCUUGUUUUGUUCGUAACUGUCUUUACAAAAGCAUGUUUGCAUAGCUUUUUUUUUUAAAAGUCAGGCAUAACAUUAUGAAAUUGUUGUUUUUGUAAUGAAAGCGUACAGUACAUCUAUCUUUGUCUACGUUUAGGCUACACGCUGGCUGCCAGGUUUACACACACACACCGUCGAUCAGAAAAAGGGAGAGAAAAAAAGAUGUGCCUUUUUAGCUUGACUGAUUUUAGCCGUUCUCUGACUGUCCGAGGAUAUUCUUCUUUCACCAUCAUGGUUGACCCUCAGUGCAUGUGAUUGUUUUCUUCCUAUUACAUGCAGUUGCAGUCAGUUUUCCUUUUUAAAAUGGCUGCCGUGUUUGUCUGUUGCUAUUGCAGCUCAGUUAUGGAUUCUCAGUGUGAGAUCAAUCGAUCUAAUAAUACUCCCAAUCUGCAUAUUCCCUUCCUGAUCUCUUGCACACGUCUCUAUUUUAAAUACUAUAUUAGCACUAUGCCCCCCCUCUACUAAAAUGAAUGUGAAAGUAAGUAGUAGAAAAGAUGGCUUUAACUCUAUUGGAUGUUUGUAGAAGGAAGCUAUUAAUUGUCACCAUUGAACUUCAGUUAUUUUUGUCGGCAAAUUGUUUUUAAAUGUAACCUUUAUUUAACUAGGCAAGUCAGUUAAGAACAAAUUCUUAUUUACAAUGACGGCCUACCGGGGAACAGUGGGUUAAACUGCCUUGUUCGGGGGCAGAACGACAGAUUUUUACCUUGUCAGCUCGGGGAUUCGAUCCAUCUAACCACUAGGCUACCUGCCGUCAGUCAGUGAACUUCUUACGUUGCUUUUGUUUUAACUGUUUUGCUAGUAGUUUUUUUGCCCAUUGUCAUUGUUGGAAUGUGUCGGAGAGAGAUGCGUCAGCCAAUCAAAAAUAGAGUUUGAGAACGCAUCGACGGCCCCAAAAACCAGGCUGGUUGCUAUGGUUUCCCUAACCGUAAUAUUUGAUGGGAAUAUGGCAGUUCUUGAAUUUAGUUGUACAGUAGUUCUUGGUCACUUUAGGAAAGGCAGAGGGCUUCAGUGUUGACCCUCAGUACUCUAUAUGCUGCUUUCUGUAUGAACACAGGUGUGUUUGAAUGGAUAGUAGAGUGGUAUGUGAAUGAAACAUGGGUAACUUGUCAUUAUUAAUUCCUAAAGAGUCAUUUUAUAGCGCUUAUAUUUUGGCAACAGUGACAUGUCACUGACAUAUCAGACAAUUUGACCAUUUUAUGAGACAAACCAGCAAUACACAGGGGGUUCUAGAGAACUGACACUGGUGGACCCUGGUCUAGGACAACCUCUUACCCACCUAGGCACCUUGCUUACGUCUUAGCUCUUUGUGUGUGUUUUACUCAAACGUUUUCCAGUAAAGCACUUAGUACUCACAUCCUUCUGUCAUCUUGUGUUUUGCACUCAAACUGUGUGUCGUCCCAAGUGACACCCUGUUCCCUUUGUAGUGUGUUACUUAUGACGAGAGGAGGGCUCUGGUCCAAAGUAGUGCACGGAAUAGGGUGACAUUUGGGAUGUAGCUUAGUUGAUGAGGGCAUAGCUCCAUCUUCUGUUCUCUGGGACUUUGUGCCAAACUUGAACUUUUACUCAGGUUUGGAAAACAGUCCUUGUUUUAACAGUUGUCAGUGUUUAUUUCAGAAAAAAAUGAGGGAGAGAAAAAAACAACUUAAAGCGCUUAUGUCCACCGUGGAUUGAAUUAAAGAAACUAAAAAGGUGAACUAUUUACCUUUUUUAGUGUUUUCAUCCACACUAUAGAGAUUCCCUAGCAUAAGUAUAGAUAGCAAGUUGACCCUUUAAGUCUAACAAACCCUUUCUAUACACAUGUACUUAGGUAGUUUGAGUCCCAACAUGAAUUUGUUAUAUUUUAUGACGUUGUCACCAAAAACAUUUCCCUGUUUUGUCAUUCAUGUUUUGCUUCUGUGCAGAUUUUGUUUUUUUUCUCCCAUGAAACAAACCAACCCAGGUAUGAAAAUGAAUGUGAAUCUCUGUACGAGGCCAGGCGGGGAUAACUGAAGUCCUCCAGGGAGACUGUCUGCUGUUACUCUUCCUAACUCCUGGCACGUAUUUCAUCCAUUCAUUUUACUAGUUGCUCUGAGAGGGCAACAUACCUGGUUAAAUCCAGUCACUGGUUUAAAGGAAGAGACAAACACCAGGAGACAUUGUAAAAAUGUAUGGUGAUGCCGCACAUUUCAGGGGAAUUUGAGAGAAUUGUUAACCCGAGACCUGAACUUUUCACCGAACUGGCAUUAAAAAUACAAUGCUAGUUAUUUGUUUCCCGUCAUCUAUUUACGUGUUGGAAAAAUGACAUCUAUUUUAUUAUUUUCAUACACUAUGCCAACAUCUAAUAAGAAGCUAUACAUGAGUGAUUCUUAAGGACAACUAUACCAUACUCAGGUUGUUGUCAUUGGUUAAAAAUGUAUGUGGUCAUCUAUGUUCACUGAUGGAACUGUUUAAAACCAAAAACAUUCAGUUGUAAUUCCCAACAUUGUGUUUUUGUGACAUUCAUUAAUUAACAGUCAGGUUAAAUAAAAGCUCACCUGGCCAUUCAGGUAAGUUAGUUUCAUACAUACUGGACAUGCCAAAGUCAUUUGAUGUUCUCACUACUUGGUUAGCCAUUGUUAACUUCCCAAUCUAUUCUAAAGGAAAAUAUUUUAUUUUCUUUCAAUGGUGAUACAAACCAGCAAAUUAGUUCUCCCUAACUAAACAGCUUCUUGAUUUCUUAUGGGUUACUGUCACCUUCAGUGUGGCUACAAGUUGUUCUCUGCUGUUGCCUUUCAUAUAACAAGUAUAAAACCACGAACUACUCACCUCUCCUUAUCCAAAAAAUGUAUUGGUCUCUGUGAAAUUGUAUCAUACAGUACAUUUUUGACAAGGAAAUCUGAAAAUAUGCAAUACAAAUUACAAAUACAUGACUGACUUGUUGCUCUAAACAAGAGAUUAUAGGCGUGUACUAUGUAAUUUCUUUUUUUCUUUUACAAUAUAAGCUAUUUUAGACAGAAAAUGUUCACUUUCACUUUAGUGAACUAUUUUCUGUAUUUCUCUGCAGGACAGAUUUUCAGGAAACCUUUCAAUAGUGUCAAUAUAUACCAUUUAUUUACACAGUUCCAGUAUAUUAGAUUUUUCUACCAGGUGGCCAAAGCAAAUCCAGACUCAGUUCAGCAUAUUUUCCUGUAGUUUUAGUAGCUCUUGGAACGACAGACGUACAGGACUUUUUUGUUUUAUAACACGUUAAAUAUUUCUUUUUUUUUGUAUAGCUUUGGUCAAAUGUUGUGUACUAAUAUUGUGAAUUUAGUAGUCAGUCAAAAAGUUCACACGAAAAAAAAUCAACCAGUUUGAACCUAACAAUUUCCACUGCCCCAAAUAUUGUUUUGAAAUUCUAUUUUGUAUAAAACAUAUGCAGCCAUUAACUUUUGAAACGUAUUAUCAAGGGCAGAACGAUGAUUAUUCACUGGUAUAUGCUUUUCUUGGAAGCUUAUUUGUUUUGCUUGUACACAAUUUCAAUUAUGUACAUAUAAUCCAAAGUAAAGAAAAACAAUGUUGUAUUUCUCCCACAAAUAAUAGUCGUUUUCUAUAUCCUCUGUAUUAUUGCUCAUCUGUAGUAGGUCAUGUUGAUGCUUUUCCUUCCAUUAAAUGUUGAACUACGUCUUCGUUUUGUGUGGUACCUUUUCAAAACAAGAAAUUAUAUACAGAUUGAUCAUGAUGUUAACUCACUUCUUCUGAACAAUGAAAAUGGUUACCUUCUUGUACUUUAAAUAACCACAUUAUGAUAAUUCAGCAAUGGUUCAUUCAAUAAAGGGGCUUUUCCAUUCUGGUG